AUGGCGACAGGGCGCGAAGGAUACUUCAGCGACUACGUGGUCCCAAGGCCAGACAAAGCGGGGAUGCGGGAUCUCUUCUACCUCCUGUACGAUGGGGAUCUCUACCGAAACAGCUCCGUCGAUUGCCCCGAGGGGACAGGCAUCGCGGAGAUAAGCCGCCGAUGGCUCAUCUUCGUCUCCCUCGCCGGCCAGAAGACGCUGCUGCUACUGAAGGAGCCCGUGGCCUGGCUCGGGUCGAAGGUUGAGUUCCUGGCGAACCUGCUCUCAUUGAACCACGGUUUCAGAACGUUCAUCUGGAACUCUCUGCGAGGUGAUUCCCGUUCAUCAACGAAAGAAAUUUCAGGCAUAAAACGACGAAAAUAAAUUUACUGUUUCCACAAGUUUUCCGACGGCAGGUCCACAGCAAAAUCCCACUAAUCUUUCCCAAUUUAGGCGCUUCUCCUUCAUAGGUCCCUCUUAAUAUGUCAACAACCCAUAAAUAUCCAUGUACGUAUGAAUUUUCUUAUGAAUAAUUUUUUGUUUUCAAAUGAUCAAAAUGACUUUAAUUUGGCAGACUAAGAUUAAACAUUUAAUUAAAUAUAUUUCAAUUAAAUGUUUAAUCUUUCUACAUAAUAUAUUUAACUAGAUGAUACACGUGCAAAGUACUAUGUUUCUCGCCUUUUUUUGUACAAAGGUCAAGUUGUGAUCCCAAGGAGGAAUUCAUCUUCCUUUCGAUCGGCGGUCGACUUCUUCGACGACAGAGUGGAGCUCGACCCGGAUAUCUCCCCCGAAGACGGCAGAUACCUCGCAAAUCUCUCCAUCAUGGCCGCCAAGCUCGCCUACGAGAACGAGGCUCACAUCCGCCGCACCGUCAUCGACCUCUGGAGAGUGAGUCAGCCAUUCCCGUUGUCGUCUCCCUUGGAGUUCCCCUCAUGCAGCUGACCUUCAUUGUGUAAAAUGUUCUUGCAGAUGGAGUUCCUGGGCUUCUUUGACUGCUGGAACGGUGAGAUCGUGAGGGAUUCGGUGGUUCAAUGCGCCGUUAUUUUGAAGUAAAUCUGAAGCUUUCGACAUUCUACAGACUACGAGAACCAGUUGACGACGCGGGCGUUCAUGUUCUGCGACAAGAGGCGGCGGCCGGAGCUCGUGGUGGUGGCGUUCCGGGGAACGGAGGUCUUCAACACGGCCCAGUGGAGCGUUGACAUGGACAUCUCGUGGUACGACAUCCCCGGGGUUGGGAAGGUCCACGGCGGCUUCAUGAAGGCGCUCGGCCUGCAGAAAGCCGGCGGUUGGCCGAAGGAGGUCAAUCAAGCGGAGGGCCACCCGCCAUUCGCGUACUACGCGAUAAGGGAGGAGUUGAAGGCGGGGCUACGACAGAACCCGGAGGCCAAGUUCUUGGUCACCGGGCACAGCCUUGGCGGCGCGCUGGCAGUGCUCUUCCCGGCGGUGCUGUCGCUGCACGAGGAGGAGGAGAUGCUGCAGAGGUUGGAGGGUGUGUACACCUUCGGACAACCCAGGGUAGGGGACGAGAACUUGGCGGCAUUCCUCAGCAAGCACCUGGACGGCUCUCCACCAAGGUACCAACGGUUCGUCUACUGCAAUGACAUGGUGCCUCGCCUGCCCUACGACGACUCUACCCUCCUGUUCAAGCACUUCGGAGCCUGCCUCUACUACGACGCCUGGUACAGGGGAACGGUGAACAUCUGCCACCUCUCCUUACCACGCAUCUAUCCUCCUCUCUUCUCCCUCACCUCACCUCUCUCUCUCCCUCUCUCUCAGAUAUUGGAGGAGGAACCCAACAAGAACUACUUCUCGCCGCUGUAUGUGAUCCCCAAGUACGCGAACGCUGCUUGGGAACUCCUCCGCGGACUGCUCAUCGGCCGGAUCAAGGGGGUGGCUUACAGAGAGCCCUGGGCUAUGACCACCCUCCGGUUCCUCGGGCUGGCCAUACCAGGUCUCCCCCCUCACCUUCCUCACGACUACGUCAACUCCAUGAGGUUGACGAAGACGUCCCUGCUUCAGGAGCGAGCUCCGCCAUUCGUUUCUCCCCGGUAG